AUGCUCUUCCCCGGUAUCGCCCUUGGGGCUGCACUUAACUCCUUUCCCGGUGCUAAUCCUCCCAUCGACACUCGUUCUCUGGACGAGAUCUAUCGAGCUGCUCAGAAAGAGACUGGCGAACUUCUGGUCUUCUGGGGAGGAGACUCUCUCGACCAGGCCGCAGGCACUAUCCAAGCGUUCAAUGCCCGAUUCCCAAAAGUCAAACUGAAUUUGCAGGUUGAACUGUCCAAGUACAUUGACAGCCGCAUCGACCGGCAGUAUCAAAAGAAUCAACAUGAUGGAGCCGACAUUGCCAUACUUCAGCAGCUGAAUGACUUUGACCGCUGGAAUCGCGAAGGCAGACUUUUACCCUACAAGCCUGCCUCGUGGAACAACAUCUACCCCGAUGUUAAGGAUCCUAAUGGUGGAUUCCUGUCCAUCCUAUUCUAUCAAUUUGGCCAGUUCGUAUACAACAAGGAUAGGCUUCACGCUGAUGCCGUGCCCUCUACCUUUGAAGAGUUGCUCCAACCGCGCUGGAAGAAUAAGCUAAUUCUGGCUUACCCUAAUGAUGACGAUGCGAUCAACUAUCUCUUCACCUUGGCCAUCAACAAAUACGGCUGGCAAUGGUUCGAGAAGCUCGUCGCCGACCAAGGCGUACAGUGGAGGCGUGGCACUGGCGCUGUACUGGAAUAUCUCACCACGGGAAAUACCAGCGCAGUGCUCAGCUUCACCACCAACAUUAUCGAUCAGACCAACCUGGCGGCCAAAGCGCCUACUGAUACUCGCCUUGCCUGGCCCCAGACCGCUGCCAUUUUCAAGACGACACCGAGACCGGAAAGUUCGAAGCUUUUCAUGUCGUGGAUCAUGGACACUGAGUUUCAGCAAUCUCUAGCGAAUAGUUCGGUACUUUACACCACUCGGAUGGACAUUAACGACACCAAAGGCAAUAUUUUCCGGGAUGCUACGGUGCCACCUACGCAGUUCUCCAAAUGGAUUGUCAAUCGUGAGGUUGUUGAGUGGUGGCGCUUCCAAUAUGAGUCGUCCAUUGGUCUUCCCCAGGGUGUCGAUCCGGUCUUGAUUGGACCUUGA